GUAAAAAAGCUCAAUUAUGAACGUUUGCGAAAAGCGCCGCUUUUACGCUUUCCUCCACAACUUGUUUUUGUAAAUUUUUUCGUACGCUUUUUCUUCACAGCAGCAUGUUUUGUGGGUGCUUCAAGCAAUGCAAUGUCGUUGAAGCCGGCUCUAGCUGAUAGAGGUGAGUGGUUGUGGCACGGUGGGGCGAGUUGGUUGAAUUGCUGGCUGACUGGUUGGCUUCUGGGGGCUUUUUGCUUGCCCUGGCCUGACUAACUACUAGCUGGCUGAUUUACUUUGGCGCGUGUGCGGCUGCCUGGAGUUCAAUUUUUAACGUUGAAGUGGUCGGUCAAAACGGUACGAUCGCGUCUGCGCAUUCGCAUACUCGUAUACAGUACAUAUAACAAGUAAAAUAACAAACAUUCACGGAUACAAACGACGAACACAUCCAUACUUCGUAAAGCUGUAACGCAACGUAAGCAGUGCAAACUUCGCGCGUGGACUAUAUUAACUAGAACGCAAGCAGUGAAGCAGACGCAGUAGAUAAAAAUUGUUUGGAAAGAAGCGCGCAAAAGUGGAUAAAAUUGAUAUCGAUUGAGAUAGAAACGAAUACAACAAACCCACAAUGUCUGACACUCUGAGCCGAAUCAAGCUGCAAUUGCGUCCAGUCAACGGCAGUGUACUCAAUGGCAAUGGUGGGAAUGCCAGUGGUGACGACAAGGCACCCUCUUCACCAGCCACAAAAUUGCUAAUCAAUCACGGCAAACCGAACUACACGAUCCAACGUUCACCGAAGGCGCAACAAAAUGGUGGCACAAAUCCGUUAAAUAACGAACUGCAGAAUAACAAUCGCAACAACUACUACCCCUACAAGAGUGCUGGCGUUAAGGGUACAACCGGCAUUAUUACGAAUGGCAACAUCAGCAAAGUAUAUGGCUCUACAAAUAACAACAACAACAUCAGCAGCAGCAGUAAUAGCAGUCAAAAUGGUGACGAAAUUAUCGUACAGAGUACUAAAUUCAAUGGCGUAUUCAAGCCCGCCAACAUACAGCAAGUGGAAAACAAAGAUGAGGUCGACAAUCAAGUUGUGUUGAGACAUGUACCCAAGCCCGAAGCUGUGGUAGCGCCACAAAACGGCAACGAAGGAAAUGUGCCUGAGUUUAUACUACGUCAGCGUCGAAUUCAAGAGCGUUUGGCUAAGGAGAACGUUUUGGACUUUGAAAAUCGGCGCAGCGGUUACUUUACGCACGUUGUCAUCUCGCCAACAUCACCGAACCGUACUUCCUUGGUUGAGACGAUGUCAAGUCCACCAAUUGUGCCAUCUUUGGAAAUUCCACCGCCAGCUAAAGAGGUGAGAGAAGCGUCUAUUGUUGAAGAAAGCAGUGUUGAAGUGAGCGCGGCCAAUGGUGAGUUAGAAACGCCUGAGCAGGCUGCAGCGGUGGAAACUAGGAGACAUGUUGAGGAGGAGGAAGUGGCUAAAGCGAUUGAAGAGGUUAACAAAGCCGUCGCUGGUGAAGUAGAUGAUGAGAAAGUGGAUGCGGCAGAUGAUGAAGCGUCGAUUGAGAGCGAGAAAGUAGCGGAAGUCGCAAGGGACGAACAAUUAGAAGAGCAUACGAUUGCCGCAGAAAAGAAGCAAGAGCACAAAGCAGACGAAACUAAAGUCGAAGAAGCACACACACCUGUUGUUUCGGUGGUCGUCACAAGUGCUCCCUUAGCGGAAGCAGAAGUGGCACACGUAGUAGAAAAAGAGACAGCAGCCGCUGAGCAAAUAACUGAGCCUACAGCUGAGCAUGUGUCGAAACCAGAGGCAGCGAUCGCACAAGUGGAAGUGUCGGAAACGGCGGCCGAGCCACCAAAGCCAGUCGAGCGCCAGCAGCCUGCGGCUGACGAACAAGCCAAGCAUAACGGACAUGACGCCGCUGAAGAGGUGCCUACAACUAACGGAGAUACCGAUGAAACAGUAACCAUUUACCAUACGAAUGGUGUGGUGGAUAAUGGUAUAUCCAAUGGACAUGCGGCACCCAGUCUGCCCACACCCGAUCCCAGUGGUGCUCUGGGUGUUAACUACGAACCAAAGACGGUAGUUUCCUUCUCGAAGGAUUUAGGAGAGCCAAAUAAAUAUCCCGAUACUGUGAAGGUGGUGAAGACGGCAGAGGAUAAGGCGGUGGAUGCGGCGAGCGAUGAACUAAAAGAGUUAGCCAAGCUGAAAUUCGAUAUUAAAGCUGAUGAUAAAGAUGUGCAGGUGACGCCAGUUUUGCGGACAGAGUAGGGCAGUGAAUAUGGAUAUGCUACAAAGAAGGGGUUUAAAAAUUAGACAAAGGAGACCCAUACUACGUAGCGGGAAUGGGGAUUGGCAAAUGAAGAAUGUGUACUAAGUGGGAGCAAAGUAGACAGAAGGGAUAUUUUAAUAGCUUAUACUACGAGUAAUACAGUGCAUUAAGAGCGCCGAAAAGUAAGCAAACAGUCUGCAGCGAUCCAAGAGGGUACUUUGACGGUAUUAGCAAAUUUUUUCCAAGCGUGGGAUUAGUGCAUUAUAGCCAUAAGUGACGACAGUUUAUUGAAGCGCACUGCUCGUUAUUAAAUAUAUAUUGUAAUUAUUAUUUGUCUGCACUCGUGUGUAUGCAAACUAUAUUGUUUAAAUUGUAAAAUUAUGUAAUUUUGUUUUGUUUAUAUUUUAAGUCAAAAAGUUGCCAAAUUCACUUAUUCAUUAUUGUACAAUAAAAUAAUUUAUAAAAAGUUCGUUAGUCGUUUUAGCAAGCAGCGUAGGGACGAGUGAAAAUGGGACAUUAUAUUUUUUUUGUUGCUAAAACGUUUUGGCGUUGCAAAUUUUAGCACUAAAGCAUCCUAAAGCACCACUAUCUAAAUUUAAAGCUUAAGUUGCAUGUAAACGAAAGUAAUUUUAAAAUGGAACACAUAUUAAUGCAAAGAAAAACAAUUGAUGGCAAUGUUGGCUAAAUUUUGUUUAAGGAACAAAUGGAAAUGAAACAGGAUCGCUUAGUAAUGAAAAUACCUUUUUAGCGGUAAUAAUUGAUUCUAGUAUGCAAUAUUUUAAUUUUUUGCGCGUUCAUUUAAAUUAUCUUAAGGAACAGAGUAGAAUUGGAGCAAGCAAGCAAAAAAUGAAAACAAUUGAGUUAAGUAUUCGAAUUUUGAUUGAAAAUACAGAGCCUGAAGUUUCCUUGUGCUCUCAAAUUAUGGAAAUUCAAAAAGAAACGAAAUGGAAAUGAGACAGAAAAACAAAAAUUUAGUUUGUAUUAUAAUAGUCAGAUGAGAGCAAGUAUUUAGCUUGAAAAGGCUAUUAGUGGAAAACCAUUAUGGGUGAAAAAUUUGUUUGAGGAACAAAUGAAAAUAAAACAAAAAUUAAAAUAAACGGUAUUUCUUGGCUGAACAAAAGUUGAUAGAGUUAUUUGGCCGUUCAUUAAACUAUCUACGUAAGUUUGUGUUACCUUUGGAACCGAAUGGAACUGGAACAAGUGCAACUAAAAUUGCAACAUUUAGGUUCAUUUUUAUAUUUUUGUUUGAAGGAGCACAUCUUUAAAUCCCUUCAAGCUCUUAAGUGAUGGACAUUCAGGAUGAAACGAAUGGAAAUGGAACAUAAUGGAGUUUCAUUUAUAAUAGUCAAUUGAAAGACGACAGGCACUGAGCUCGCAAAGGCUUUUAGUGGAAAAAUGUAUGGGCUAAGAAAUUUGUUAAGGAACAAAUGGCAACGAAACAGGGAUGCUUAGGAAUGAAACAAAAUUUAAAUAAAUGGUUUUUUCGCGUGAGUAAUUGCUACCAGAAUACAAAUCAUAAUUUUUUUGUGGAGUUAUAUAAAAUAAUACCUUGAAGAAACGCAUGGAAUUGGAACAACCAUGCCUGAAGGUUGCUUAGGAAUAAAACGAAACAGAAAUAAAUGUUGUUUUUUGUGACAAUAAUUGCUGCCAGAAUACAAAUCAUAAAAAUUUGGGAAUUAUUUCAAAUGAUUCCUUUAAGAACCGACUAGAAUCCGAAGAAGCAUGCCUUAUUCAGUUGAAACAGUUGAGAGACCACAUUCGAUCUUGAUUAAAAUGCAGAUUGCGUAGGCUUUCAAGUUCUCAAGUUUUAUUAGUUCAAAAAGAAACAAUUGGGAACAGAAUAGAGAAAAAAGUCGUAUACGAGACGGCAAAUACAUAGUUUGAAAUGACUUUAAGUGGAAAAAAGAGCCAAGACGUUGGGAAAUGGAACAAUAAUUAUUAGCAAAAUCGUUUCAACGUAUUAAAACAUUGGUGUUCCGAAUAAAAAACUCUUUUAAGAUAAUAUAUAUAUGUGUGCAUUAAAAUCUUCUGUUAUUUAAAUAUAUUGUUUCAACUCCAUUACUUAAAAUGGAAUUCAAUAAACAAACUGAAACGAUUGUAAUGAAACCGAUUUUCUGCAAUGUACUGCAUUAAGUGACUUAAAUGAGUGAAAUUGGAAGACAAGUAAAAUAAUAAUCUACUUGCUGAAAUUUAGAAGCGUCAAUUUGGACUUCUGAAACAAUUGAAAAUGGAACGCAAAUUUUGAAAAAAAAA